UUAAAGUUCAUCGUACAUAAAUUAUUUUAUUAUUAAAACAAUUUCCAUGGUUUUAAAAAAAAUCAACACACCCCAUCAAUUUUUGCUAUAAAAACAUCUGAUCUGGCCUGCUGGCUAUGCAGUGCCAUUGAAACAAAUUAGACAAGCAUUUUCCUGUUUUCUGAAAUGACUAGCAACUCAGAAAAACCCCUCCAUCCCCUAGAUCCAGUGAGCUUCACAGAUGAGUCUAAAGCAGUGAUUGAUUUCAUUGCUGACUACUAUAAAAAUAUUGAGAAAUACCCAGUUCAAAGCAAAGUUGAGACUGGAUAUUUGACGGCCAAGUUACCCGAUUCUGCUCCAUAUUGCCCGGAUUCACUAGAGGAUAUACUCGAAGAUGUGAAAGAAAGCAUUUUACCAGGCCUUACUCAUUGGCAAAGUCCUAGUUUCUUUGCCUACUAUCAAGCAAGUUCUAGCACUGCUGGCUUUCUAGGAGAGAUGCUUUGCUCAGGUUUUAAUGUGGUUGGCUUCAACUGGAUUUCAUCUCCAGCUGCAACUGAACUUGAAUCCAUUGUCCUGGAUUGGAUGGGCAAAAUGCUUAAAUUACCAUCUUCAUUUUUGUUCUCUGGAACAGGUGGUGGUGUCAUACAUGGUACUACAUGCGAGGCUGUGGUCUGCACUUUGGCUGCUGCCAGAGACAAAGCCUUGAGAGAACUUGGUGGUAACUGGGAGAAUAUAACCAAGUUGGUGGUUUAUGCAUCAGAUCAAACUCAUUUCACUUUCCGAAAGGCCGCAAAAUUGGUAGGCAUUCCCCCAUCAAAUUUCCGACUCAUUCAAACAUCUUUUGCCACUGAGUUUUCAAUGUCACCUGAGCCACUUCGUUUAGCUAUUGAAGAUGAUAUCGAAUCAGGCCUGGUGCCAUUUUACAUAUGUGCAACUAUUGGUACAACAGCCUGCGGAGCUGUUGAUCCUAUUGCAGAAUUAGGCAAAGCUGCCAACAAAUACAAGCUUUGGCUUCACAUAGAUGCAGCUCAUGCAGGUAGUGCUUGCAUUUGCCCCGAGUUCAGGCAUUUCCUUGAUGGAGUAGAACUUGCCAAUUCUGUCAGCAUGAAUCCACAUAAAUGGUUUCUCACAAACAUGGAUUGCUGUUGCCUGUGGGUUAAAGAACCUCGGUACUUAGUGGAUUCAUUGUCAUCUAAUCCAGAAUAUUUAGAAAACAAUGCGAGUAAAUCUAAAGCUGUGGUGGACUAUAAAGAUUGGCAAGUUGCAUUGAGCAGGCGAUUCAGAGCUUUGAAGCUUUGGAUUGUGAUCCGCAGGCAUGGCGUGGCUAAUCUUAUGCACCACAUUCGUAGCGAUAUCAGCCUGGCCAAGCAAUUUGAGGCACUUGUAGCUAAAGAUGACAGGUUCGAGAUAGUGGUUCCUAGGAAGCUGGUAUUGAUUUUUUUCAGGCUUAAGCCCAAGCAUGAGCUGGACAGCGGAGAAUUGAACUGUAAACUGCUGGAUGCUAUAAAUUCAAGUGGGCGAGCUUUCAUGACUCAUGGAGUGGUGGGUGGAAUUUAUGCCAUACGCUGCGUAAUAGGAGCAACUCUGACUGAAGAGCGUCAUUUGAAGGAUUUGUGGAACCUCAUUCAGGAAAAAGCUAGAUUUUUACUUCUGCAAUACAAUGAGUAAAUUGUAUCGUUAGUCUUUAAUCAUUUUGUAAUUUUUCAGUUUCAUCCCUGAUUUAAAAAAAAGAAAUCAAUUCUUCAUUUAUGAUCCUUUUACAU